AUCAUAUCUUCUGUAAUUUUAUUGCUAGAUUCUCAUCAUUUAUUCUCCCAUUUCAUCUUCCCCAUCGUAGUCAAUUUGAAAAUUAAUUUUCGGAGUGCACCUAUCUCUCCAUCAUGGAUGCCAUAACCAGCUCCUCAGCUCUUUCACGCACCAGAUGCGCUACCUCCGCUUUGAUUGCAUUUCAUCCUCAGGUUGGUGGGUCACCAUUCGCUUCUGUCCUCCUCGUCAUCAUCGUCUUCUUUAAUGCAUUGUUCAAGCCUUUGCCCGUCGUUGACUCACCGGAGAUUGAGUCUCCUUCAGCAGUUGAGAUCGUUGCCGUUUUCAACUCCACCGCUACCAUUACCGAGGAGAAAAUAGAGAAACUCACGGGAAUUCUUGACUUGGAUGAAACUCUAGUAUGUGCAUUUGAGACCUCUACUCUGCUUCCUGCUCUUCAUAAUCAAGCAACAGAAGCUGGAUUGAAGUGGUUUGAACUUGAAUGCAUGUCUUCAGACAAGGAGUUUGAAGGAAAACCUAAGGUCAAUUAUGUUAUUGUAUUUGAACAUCCUAGAUUGCACGAAUUUUUGAAACAACUUAGUGAAUUUGCUGAUCUUGUGCUUUUUACUGCUAGGUUUGAAGGCUAUGCUAGCCCACUUGUUGAUAGAAUAGUUAUGGAAAAUUGGUUUAGUUGUUGACUUUAUCGACCUUUAACAAUCAGUACGUAAGUACUUCCUCUAUUACCAGGCUUCUCAGUUUUCUAUUUUUUUGGAACUACACUCUGAAAAUUGAUGAAAUUGCAAUCAAGAUUACAUUUUACU